GAGUCACAAUCUGCCCAAGGCGAGGGAGGGCAAAGAAGCACGCGCGAGAGGAGAAACCGAGCGUACGAAGGGGGGAACACGAGCGCUCCGCAUCUCAGCGAGCACAAUUAGACACAAGUGUUGUUGAACGUGGGCUAUGCGCGCAACAAGGGGGGAGCGCAGAGUACAGAGGAGGUGAAUGCAUGUAGAGGCUUAGCUUCAGACUCACAGCCUCCUUCUUCAAGAGUCACUGCGCGCGCUGAGGAAACGAGUGAGGGGAGAGAGCAACUCCUAGAAAACAGCAACUCUUGGAGAGAACUACGUGAGUACGAGCUACAGUUUUCCCAACAAAAGAUAGGCUAGAGAGAGGGAAUAAGAAGAAGAGUAGACUUUUCCUGGAAGAAAACAUGAAUGUCAGCGAAGAGAACCUGCUCAAGUCCAUCAGCAACGACGCGCUCCUCGACCUGACGCAGCGCUACGGCCAAUCAGCCUUCGGCUUCGGCGCUGGCCAUGGUGCUGGAAGCCCCGGCCGGUUCCCGCUCACACCGACCACCGACUUCCUCUCCGGGCAGACCGCGAAGUCCAACGAGAGCGGCGGGGAGCACACGAGCGACGACGAGGACGGCUUCGACUCGCUGGAGUCCCGGAAGAGGGGGUCAUCAUUUGGGGACGACAAGCCCGGGGGGCCCCUGGCCAAGAAGUCCAAAGAGCAGCGGUCCCUGCGGCUCAGCAUCAACGCCCGGGAGAGGAGGAGGAUGCACGACCUGAACGACGCGCUGGACGGCCUGCGCGCCGUUAUCCCGUACGCCCACAGUCCCUCGGUGAGAAAACUCUCCAAAAUAGCCACUCUCCUCCUGGCCAAGAACUAUAUCCUCAUGCAGGCUCAGGCUCUGGAGGAGAUGAGGCGGCUGGUGGCGUAUCUGAACCAGGGACAGACCAUAACCUCACCCAUCCCCACCGCUCUGGCGCCAUUUGGACAGGCUGCCGUCUACCCGUUCUCGGGCUCUGCGCUCACCACCUGCGCCGAGAAGUGCACCACGUACUCCGGGACACCGUCGACCCUCUUCAAACACUGCAACGACAAGCCUUGAUCCGGUUUCUCUUUCUUCCCUGAACUUUUUAACCUUAAAUGCACCCAUGUUGAUCUCUCUCUCUCCCACUCUAGUUCUUUUAAAAUCAUUCUGUGGAAAAUAAGAACAAGUUUAGUAAGUAAUUAUAAGUCAUUAUACUGCGAUGUGUCAUCCAGAUUUAACUAAAAGCAACAGUUUAGGCCUUCUGAUAAGUCACUUUGUCGCUCGUACUUUACAGGCCAUCUCCAAGUGAUCAGUUUUAGUUUUCAGCUCUUGUUUGUAAUCUAUGCAACAUUCAACAACAUGACAAGUAGAAAUGCCAAGACCUGAUCUCAACUUUCACAUUUAAUUAGGAGGAAUUCCCUUGACUGACUGUCCUGAAACUGUGUGGGGGAAAAUGUGAUGUUUGGCUGAUUUAUUCAAACUAAUAAUUUACUGAUGUGUUGACAAGUUAAUUUUUCCUUUCUUGGAUUUUCAGUUCUUGCACAUCUUACAUGAUUGUACUGUACAACUGUGUAAACUCCGGCGAUACUAACACUUAUAUAACUUACAGCCUAUACACUGAAGAAGCGUUCUGGUUGUGUUGCAACAUGAAUUUCAUAUAUUGUUUAUAUGUCUUUAUAAUUAAAACACAUAUCUAUGCUUG